GCGCCCGGCGCCCCGGAGAAGAAGCGCCCGGCGUCCCGGAGAAGAAGCGCCCGGCGCCAGUUGUCCCGCCAUCACAGUCUUCAAACACUCACCUCUUGUUCAUCCAUUAUGUCGACCAGCAAAGGCAGGAGCAGUAGCGGACGCACCUCAGGCAAGCGUCCUCGACCUGAAGACGACGAGGGAAGGAAGACGAGUGUUCAGCGGGUGAAACGAGGCGAGGACUCCGUCAUGGAGGUGGAGGACGCCCUUGUCACCCAGCAACAGAGUCUUCAGGGCGGCAACAUUCGUGUUGGUGUUAGAGCUCCGUACUUCAAAUGUGAAGCUGUAGUGAACAUGAAGAUGAAGGAGGUGACACUGAAUGAUUACCGUGGGAAGUUUAUCGUCAUCCUCUUCUACCCGUUGGAUUUCACCUUCGUCUGCCCAACGGAGAUAAUAUCAUUUACUGAACGAAUUGAUGAGUUUCACUCUGUUGGAUGCGAGGUGCUGGGCUGUUCAACAGAUUCUAAAUUUACUCAUCUUGCAUGGUGCCAGACAUCGCGUGAGGAAGGUGGAGUUGGUAAAGUCCCGUUCCCUCUCUUGGCAGAUAAAUCCAUGGAAGUGUCACGGAAAUAUGGAGUACUGAAUGAAGCUACUGGAGUAGCCUAUCGCACUCUAGUUAUAAUCGACAAGAAUCUUGUGAUCAGAGAGGUAAUUGCAAAUGACGACAGCAUUGGUCGUAGUGUAGAUGAAACUCUACGGCUGAUAAAGGCUCUUCAGUAUGCCGACAAGCAUGGCCAAGUGUGUCCAGCUGGGUGGAUGCCGGGGGACAAAGCCAUCGACCCAAAUGAGAAGAAAAUGGAUGUCUCAAAAUAGUGAUCAUGUUACAUAAAUGCUGCAGAAUCUUAAAGAGUUCCCUUCUAUUUUGAAGUUACCUGAGUUCUCUUUGGGAAAUAUUUUAAAAUGUUUAACAAUAUCAGUCUAAGUGACUUAAAAAUAAUUUUAAUGAAUAUCUACCUUCUGGAUAUAUUUUUUAAUGUGCUUUCUCACAAGGUUGUAGUGUGCAUGUGGCAUGCUUGCUUUAGUUACAGCUUGUAGUGUGAGUGUUAUAGCCAGCUGCACAUAGGAUGUAGUUAAGGUCUACUAAAAGUUGUAGGUCCUGCAGUUGACUGACUCUCAUUAAUAUGGUAAUGUGCUUGUAGGUUUAUAAUUUUGGUGCCAGCUACUAAGCUAUAUCUGAUGUACAGUUAAUUGUGGACAUGACAAAUCCAAAUAGAAAUGCAUCAGUUAACAAAAUACAAAUGUUGCUGUGUAUUUUUGUCUUGAUAUUACACAGCUUGAAAUUACCAUAAAAGAUGGAAUGAAAUUACAAAGCAGAGAUGCCGGCUUAAAACCAUUGAAGCACUUACAAAAGUGUGUAGUUAUUCAGCCUGAUUUGCAGAUAUAAAUAUAAUACAUGAAGCAUUCUUUGAUAUUUAUAAAACUCUGACUUUUUAUAUUCAAACAUUUGCAAUGCCAUAAACGCUUAGCCUCAUGUACAAAAGUAGUAUGUAAGAUUUGUUCAACAUCUUUGGAAAAAUUAAAACUGAACAGCUUGUGUAAACAAAUAAAGUUCUGUUUGAUA